UCAUAAAUUAUUCGCCAUAUUGUUUUUGUAGUGAGCUGAUAACGAUAGUGUAUCGUGAAAAAUAUUAUUGCUUUGUUUUUUUUAUUUACAUUUCCAUAAAUGUGAAUUUCUUUUUUGAAUAUGUUUUUAUGAAAUAAUUAAAUAUGGGUGUUAAUGACAGUGGUUAUGCAGUAAUUUAUUUUUAACAGUGCAUCAAGAUGGGUCGACGGUGGAUUGUUUUCAUUUCGUUUUGUUUAUUGCAUUACGUUUGUUGUUCUGAACGGCAUUUUCAAAUAUGCCAGAAUAACACGAAGAUACGUAGCUGUACUCCACAGAUUCUGGGAGAAAAAUAUUCGGACGAUGACACCUGUAAGGUUCAAUACAUACCGCCAAACAGCUCUGACUGUGUAGAUUACUUUGGGCCGAUAGAAAAUAAUUCCCAUAUAGGAGGAGUGAGCCUGCGCCCAUACAUACUUCCUGUAGUACAGAGCAAUGACACUCUGUAUCUACCGCUUAAUUACACUGUGCUCAAUAUUACGUUCAGUAAUAUAAAAUGGAAAACAAUGAAGUUUCGCUUCCAAAAAUACAAGAGCAAGGAGAGCCACUGCAGGAACAUAGUUAUAUCCAACGAUGUGACGAUCAACGACCAAUCGGUGUUGUACUAUGACUGCUACUGGUCAGCUACGGAUAGCAGUUACAAUGGCCAGAGCCAUAUACUCGACUUCGAGGCUACAGAUGACGUGGUGGUCAAUAGAGGCAGAUAUUACUUUAAUAUACCGUCUUCGCAAAUGCUUAGUCCAACCAUAACAGAAAAGGAUUGGAAACCAUUUGUCUACAUAGAGAUAUUGACAAGCACGAUGAAAUUACACAUAAUGCCUCCACCUUCCCAACUCAAUAUAACUUCCUACCAAAUACAAGUCAUGAAGGAGUGUGACAAUAAGAGUCAAUGCAAUGAACUGAUUAAAACGGCCAUUAUAAAUGUGAGGAACGGUUCACAAGAAGUGACCUAUAGUUAUAGCCUUUUGAAUCCGCCUGGGUCGUACUAUUUCAUUGUGACUCCGCAGCAUGAGAAUUGUAAGAGUCAGUCUUGUCAGUCGGUGGAAAGCCCGAGGAUUACGAUAAAGAGUGAAGUUCAAACAAUGAACAUCUGUAUAGCCAGUAUCACGGCUCUGAUACUCGCUACACUUUUCGUGUACUACCUCGUGUUGAAAGUUAUAAGGCGUUACUGGUGUAAGGAAUAUGUACAAGAAAUCCCACCACCAACGAAAGUGCUGAUAAUUUACCCAAUGGCGAAUAGACUGCACGCAGAAUGCGUCGCUUCCUUCGUUGCCUACCUCCGAGCUGAAUACGGCUUCGAUAUCCUCUACGAUGGAGACAUAGCCACCACUUCCCAUGGAGACCCAUAUGUGUGGGCCGAGGAAUCCUUCAGACUGGCUUCACAUGUUGUCUACAUUGUGGGCCCCGCUGAAGACACAAACCUCUACAACAAUAUAUACGACAAACCUAUUAUAACGGCACACAAAGACGUGGAUACCCUACUGCUGUCUCUGCUCCGAGCUUCCAAAACAACAAGACAUAAGAAAGAUGUAAUGAAUGUCUUCUUUGAACAUUCGGACGGUGAGAUUCCAAUUGAAACCAGACAUGAUAAAGUGUUCUUCCUCCUCAAGGAUUGGCAGAAGUUCAUCGCUUACUUGUCGAGGAAUUUACUGCCAAAGAAACAGAUUUUAAGGACGGAGAAGGGAAAAUGUUUUAUGGAUGACUUGUCAAGAGCUAAGAAACUGCUGAGCAACGGACGCGACCUUGUUAUUAAAUUUGAUAAGAAUUGCUUUGAGAAGAAAGCUGUGCUGUGUUGAAAUGUGAUGGUGGUUUAGUGGUGUCCAAGGUUUUGAGAUUUCUUUUGUGGUUUUCAAGAUUGUCUCGAUUUUGAAGACAUAUAGACGGAAUGUUGAUGAAAUUAUGUGUAUUACAGAUUUUUUGGAGAAAAUUAAUGAUAUAGACAACUUUUUUCCAUGCAAUAUGUAUUCUGUCGUAAAAGUGAAUUUGGUGGUUAAGUUGCAGUAAUUUCAACCAAAUAUUUAAAGGAUUAUUUCUUAAAUAUUCAUAAUAUUCUAUAAUUAUUUUGCAAAAAUAUGGGUAUUAAAGGGUAGGGUAAGAAAAGCUGAAUUAAUAUCUAUAUUUGGACGUGAUUUUCAUUACAAAUUAAUGAUGGCAUUAAAAUUAAAAAAAAAUUGAUAAUAUUUUUCAUUUAUAGCGUGGAAAAGCGCAAUAUCUCAUUACAAAUUAAGAUUAUUAAUGUCUUUAUUGUUGUUUGAAAUUAGUUUUGAAUAUUUACUUGCAGUUUGUCACAAACAUUCUUAACACUUUCUAUAAAGAUGCAAUAUAAAUUUUGUACAUAGUUCAACAUUGAAAAUUUCUAUAUUUGUUUGUAUGUUGUAUAAAUAACAAGAAUUAUAUUUAUAAAAGCACUAUCACAGUAUUUGUGGAUGGUACUUUGGUAAAUUAUGCAUCUAUUUUAUACACUUCUAAAACAUAACCUUCUCUGGGAAAACUCAAAUUGAGUCGAAAAAAUAUAAAUUUUAUGUGUAUUUGCAUUAAAACUUUGAUAUUUAGACAGUAUAAUAAGGAAUAUGGCGCCUCUAAAAAUCGCGUAACUUUAUGAUCUCAUAUUUAAGCAUGCAUCUAUGUAAUAAUUUUUAUUUUCAUAUCUAUAAACUUGAGAAUAGCUCAACUUUGAAAUUUGAAUAAAUGUCAUUUUAAUUUCAAAGCUAAAACUCAAGAAAAGCUAUGUAUUUCUAGUAUGUAUUUAAUUGUAAACCAAAGUACCGUUCGCAAAUAAAUCUCCAAGCGCGCACUGUAAGGACGUAUUGUUACUUUUUUGUCGUCCAUUACGCGAUGUGCUUCGAACGAAAUUAAUAUAAAUAUAUGUGUAUAUUUUGGUGGUUAUUUAUAAAUGUUAUCAGUGUAUCGCAACCAGUAUCUGAGUGUCGCAUCGUACGGAAAAUAAGAACUCUUGUGAGUUUCAUAAAGCUUUGAAUAAGAAGGCAUUUAUUUGUUAAAAUAUGUUGUGGGUCGGGUUUGUGUGAUAAAAAAAAUAUUAUCUUUUCUUUAAAAUCUAUUAUAAUAUCUUUCACGUAUUUCUUGUGCUUACUCUGUUUCAUUUCGAUACUUGUUACAUUUGAUUUCUUUUCCAUUUUCCAACAUCUUAUCGCAUGCCUUAUUUUUUUUUUCUUGACAAAUACAAGAGCUCUAUUUUGACUAUAUUUUUCUCCACGAUGCGACUAACCUACUUAAUAAAGAACAAAUUCUAUUGUAUAUAUUUUUUCCUUAGUUGUGUAGAAUUAAUUUCUUGUUUAAAACUUAAAUACUACUCAAAGACGUUACGCUAAAAUUGUUUUAAUUAUUAAUAAAUAAGGUUUAAAUUUUAUUGCGUGUACCUUAAAUUUCCAAAACCUCCGAAGCCAGUACCUUGAUCUCUGUAAAAGAUUGGAAAAUGUUAUGCGGUUCGUUCGUUGUGCCAUAGAUUCACUUCGAUUUAUUAAAAUAAAAUUAAUAAAAAGUCUGGGAGUGUGCUAUGACAUAUUUUUCUUAUAUUUGACAUUUUUAAUAGCCGAUUUUCACGUUAGAUUAUUAUGGACGUUUCAAGAAUGUUUGUGUGUAUCAGGUACCUACUCUAUAGUCUAUGCCUCAAUAUCAUUGUAAUUCCGAAAUGUUUUUAGCGACACCUCGCUCUGAAUCGCGCAAGCGAAAUGUUUUCGCUACAGAGCAUAUUAUUUCAACUUUCCGACAUCAUUCAUCGGGGUCCAGUCGUGUAGACUGGUUGAGGAUCCUCCCUUUUUCGAUGGAGGAAUUCCACCUUCCUUCCUCCACAGUUCACAAUGAGUUUGGAACUUAUAAAUGGCAAAUGAUAAUAAUUAUUUAUUGUGUAAUUUUUAAGUAUGUAGUUUAUGCUCAAUUGUUUAUAUAUAGAAGGACGGAAAAUGUAUGGAAGGGAAUACUAAUGUUUUUUCAGCAUAUGUCUGAUAUUAAAAAGAAAUUAUGUCAUAGUACGAAGCCAGUUAUAAAAAUGUGUUUAUUGAUUGGAUUCUCUAAAAUGUGAUGUUAAAUGUUUCUGUACUGUUAUGAAUAUGAAUCGUAUUUUGAUGUACUUCCCAAUAAGCCCCUUGUUCUCAAAACCAACUGUUAAUGUACGUGUUCUCUUGUUAUACAGGACUUUUAAGCUCAAUAUAUUAUACUUGUGAUGUAUUUUUGUAAUAAAUAUUAUUAAAAUAAA